GCAUGACGACAAUAAACCGCGACGGUGUAAAGGAAGUUUCGAGUAAACAUGGAGGUCUUCGUUGCUUCUCCGUUUGUACGGUUUAUUAACUUUAGUGUUCCGCAUAAUUCGACUGUUAGCGACCUGAUAGGCCUGCUCAGCCCCGGAGAGGCCAUCUCCUGUUUGGAUUUCUAUGUAAAGAAGAAUGGCCGGAUUUCAGGUGGUGAUGAGAGACUGCAAGCUGGAGCAGUUUAUCGGCUCGAGCCUCGCUUAUGCGGUGGCAAAGGAGGUUUCGGCUCCAUGCUGCGAGCUCUCGGGGCGCAGAUUGAGAAAACCACCAAUCGAGAGGCCUGCAGAGACCUGAGUGGGCGGAGACUUCGAGAUGUCAAUCAUGAAAAAGAAAUGGCGGAGUGGCUGAAGAAGCAGGCUGACCGAGAUGCGGAAAAGGAGCAGAGGCGCUUGGAGAGGAUUCAGAGGAAACUCGCCGAGCCCAAACACCGUUUCACAGACACAGAGUACGAGCAGCAGUGUCACGACCUCUCUGAGAGGCUGGAGGACUCCAUUCUCAAAGGCAUGCAGGCUUCAUCUAGUGGAGUGGUACAGGCAGAAGAAAAGCCACAUCGCAAACGACCAGCUACGAAAAAUGGAAACACUUCCUCAAAAAAGAAAUGCUUCUGGACUGGCCUCGGGGACCUUGAGAACAUGGACAGCUCGGAUGGAGACAGCGAUGAAAGCGAAGCUGAGGCUUCUUCCUCCUCUUCCUCUUCUUCUUCAACUUCUUCUUCUAAUGCUGGUCCUUCCUGCAGCUCUGUGCCAGUCGCAAUACCGGCAACAGCAACUAGGGAGCAGGUGGAAUCCGAGUCUCAUGACCACACCAGUAGCAGCAGUUCCAGUUCCAGCGCCGGCUCAGCACCCUGCUCUCCGCCUCCUAGCCAGGAUAAAGCCGAAGAGAAAGAAGAACCUAGAAGGAUGGAGCACAGUGAAAAAGAGGAGUGCAACCAGACCGUCAGUGAUCAACAGGAAGCCGAAAAGAGCGUUACUGUCGAGGGUAAAGAUUGUGCAGACAAACCGCCGGUUCAGACAGAGGAAGCAGACGCUCCAUUAGACCUGCUGUCUGUGAGCGGCGUGGAGGAGCUGGAGGCUCUGGGUCUGGAGCGACUGAAAGCCGAGCUGACAAAGAAAGGAAUGAAGUGCGGAGGGACGCUGCAAGAGCGCGCUGCUCGUCUCUACUCUGUCAGAGGACUGGGCACUGAUCAGAUCAACCCGGCGCUCUUGGCCAAACCCGGCAAGGCCAAAAAGAAAUAACUAAAACACUUUGAUUAUUUUUUUUAAGCUGUUUUUUUUUUUUUUUAGUAAAAUGUAAUUUUGUUCCAUGUCUUCGCUCAAAUUUAAUGUCAGAAUGGAGAGAAGGCUUUGCAUCUGUAAAUGUAAUUAGUUGCUGUUAUCGUGACACAAUAUAGUAAAACGUCACUUUAUAAUUUUAUCCAAAAUAGCAUCAUGUUAAGGUUUAGGGGAAAUAAUAAAACUGAAAUGGUUCUUGUUUUUUCCCCUUCACUAAGGAAUUUUUUACAUUUCCUUAACAUAUUUUUGAUUUGGCUAUUAAACUAUACUUGUGUGUAUUUUGUGGUAAAAUGUUACUUGUAUUGCUGUAAAUAAACCUUUGGAGGGAAAAUGA